AUGGAGGUAAUGGAGGAAGGAAAUCUAAUGGACAGGGUUCCCAUCCUGCUCCAGAGAGAUAUGCAGUACUAUCAGCAGAAUCAAGUGGUGCUUCAGGAAACAAUUUGCCCGGGAAUUGUUGGUGGAAAGCUCGACUUUCCUCGAUAUGCCUCAUUUGCAGCUGUAAAAAUUGUUCGUUGGUGGGAAGAUGAAUACUAUGCGGCUUAUAAGAAGAAUUCUGGACUCCUAAAUAUUGGGGACAUCAGAGAAGACAACUUGGAGGUGGCUGAGAGUGAUAGCGGACCCUGUGGGGGAAUUGUAAAGACAUCUGAUCCGGAGAAGUUUGUGAACUUGGUUACAAAGUGUGCAGAUCAACUUUUAGAACAUAUCCACCAUCUUAGUCAGGAAGCUUUGGAUCAUGCAGACUUAACUGUCUUAACGGCUACAAUUGGAGCUGCUGCAUUGGUGAAGAAUAGCAUUUGGAUCUACUUGCAGAAUGUUUCUGUAUCUGUUUGUCCACCGAGAGGUGAUGAAAAGGGUGGUUCUCUCAAGAUGAGCUACAAGCAGUACUCUGAACUUACUGAAGCCUUAGCAGAAAGACUUCUAGAUCUGCACUGUCGCCUCCUAACGCUGUACAUUCUUCAGGAUGCUGAAACGCUCAACUGGGAGAAUCAACAGCCAUUUUUUGAAUCCGAAAGAGGUUCCUACACUGUACAAAUGUGGUGGCUCUAUAUGCAAGGAACACGGAAGGAUCUCUGGAAUUCCGUUCCGCCAAAUAUGGCUCAACGGGUUUUUGCGGGGAUGCUCAAUGAAACCUUAACCGUAUUCACAAUCCGUUACACCCAACUUAUCCCUAGCCAGGCUAGAUCUCAACUUCUCCUCGUAGACAUUUGCAAUAUCCUCUUCUGUGUGGCUGAACUACUUCCGGUUAUAUCUGAAAAUGCUGAAGCAUACGUUGGCCUAAACAUUGUGAAUCAGACAAAAACAAUUCGUGACAUCCAUGCUAAGUGCCAGGAACUGUUUACUUGUCUCAUACUCCGGGGAGCUCCUCUAGGAACUCUAUUCCGGGUUCUCAAGAAAGGACCACAAGCAUUGGGAAUGAUGACAUCUAGACAAGGUCUCCCAGCUCCAUGGAUAAUCUUCACGCUUCCAAAGAUGUUUCCUGCCAAUCAGAAUGGUCACUGGGCAACCAGGUGCUCAGAAUUUGGACCCAAUACAGCUCUGAGUUUGGAGUUGAGAGUCCUAAUGGGAGCUCCGCAGGCUAAUUGGUCACUACUUCUUAAAGUUUUGCUAAUGCGCGAUGCUACACUGUCAACAAUCAUCCUUCAUCAUUUACUGGCUAAUCAACCGUCUAGUGAUCGGUUCGUACCAGCUCUUGUUCAACCCCUACUCAACAGGAGGAAGUUUGCAAAAAAGUGCGAGGGUUUUAUGUGCGGAAUGGAGUGUACGAAAGUUGAAGAGUGGACAAAGGAAGAUGUUGAUCCUGUUGGACAGACCAACUAUCAAGUUGUUCUGUCUCUAGUCUACGUUGUUGUAAUGACGGGGAAGAUGCACGAUAUUCAUGUAACACUGAUUUCAGCCUUGGAGAAAACUCAAGUUCGUGACUGGGCGGCAGCUCUCGAUCGACGUCAAGUAUGGAAUCAGAAGAGACCAGCCUGGCUUGAAGCUCUACUUCAUCUGAUCUAUCCGGUAUUGGAUCCAGUAGUUCACAUGCUCAUUUCAGCUGUGCACACUGGUAAUGCAUCCAUGUAUCAGGCUAUGUCCCUUGCAAUUUCCUGCUUCUCCGAAAUGUGGGAUUGUGUACCAGAUUGCCUGUACAAGGUAGCUAUUGCUCUAGCAGACAUUAUUCCUGCUGAUGUACGUCCUCUUGGUGAUUCAGUUCUCAUUCAAAUUCUCUUCAUGGCACUCUAUACGAAACUCAUGGAAGCUGCUGAGAAUGAAAGUGAUAGAAAUUCCGAGAAGGCAUGCAUUUGCCAGACUGUAGCAGAAGCUAUCUGUUCAGUGGAUGCCGAUAACAAGCAUACAGAUCAACUUGGUUUAUUCCUGAAGCAAGCUCGGGAGACACAGACGGCUCCAACAACCGUUGAGAUGGCCAUGGAGGAAACUGUUGGACUCAGCUUUGCAUCUACGGUCAAGAUAGAUGAACUGGAAGCCGGAAUGCAACCUAGUUCAACGUGUGGGGACGAAUUUGACGUGGAAAAUGCUGACUACAUUGCAGAAAUGCUUGCUAGUGAAGUCCUUACGACUCCUGUGGGGAAACAGAGUCUCAGGAUUCUAUUUCGGUACAUUAAGAACAAUCUGGAGUGGGUUUAUCAGCAACUGGGUGUUAGUGAGGUAGAAAAAAGUGAACUACAACCACUUCCAGGGCAGAAGCUUGAAGAGGACAGCAAGACGUUGCUGCAGAUUAUGUUUCACAUCGGGCAUCAGCCAUUUGAUCAGCUGCUAACUGGUGGCCUGCGUAUUGACUACGGUUCCUGGCUGCAGACGCCAUUAUCUAUGAAUGUUGAAAGAGCAUGGUUGCAAAUUGCACAGAGAUUUGAAUUUCAGGAAGGUGUGAAGCUUACGCUGCAUGAUACAACAAUGGUGGCUUUUAUUACAACUCAGCUUAAAAGCUCCUAA